AUGAGGGCCUUAUACAAAAUCUUGCAAAUAGCUUUCCUUCUUUCAUUUAUCUCUUGCGGAGAACAACAAAUAGAAGGUCCUAACCAAUCUCAAUAAUAAACCAGUUUAAAUAAUUCUUCAGAUCAAUAAGUUGAUAACAAUUUUUAGACAAGCAGAAACGGUUUAUUAAAUAACAUCAGUAGUACUAUCAGGAUAACACAACAGAAUUAGACAAAUACAUUAUCUACAUUAAAUGGAUUUUCUGUUUCUAAUUAAUCUACAGUUCAACUCGCUUAAGGUGAAAUCGUUGACAAUUUUUAUUACUCUGAAACACUUAAAUGCUUCUUUGUUAUUACUGAAUAACAAAACUUUAUUUACUUCAAUCCUAACGCAACUGACAUUUCAUCAAGAUAGCAAUUGAUUUUUAAUGUUUCUCAAAGAAAAGACGACAAAAAAUUUAUUAGAAAAUUUUACUAUAGUGAAACUUAUUAAUAUAUGAUAGUCCUAUAUGAUAACUAGCCUACAUAUAUGUUUAAUAACUUUAAUUAAAAUCUUUUUAGUAAUAGCAGCUCUCUUUCAUCACUAAUAGAAGUUUACAUGUUUUCAGUAAACUCUGAAAACAUGAUUAAAGUACAAUUUUAGAUUCAGGUAAGUGAAAUAUUGACAGGAGCAACUCUUAUGUCUCCCAUCAUAGACUUUAGUGUAUCGAGUAGUGAUAGCAAAUUUAUGUAUUUAACAAAUCAAAACAUUCAAGUGUAUGAAACGAACAUCUUGGGUAAUAUUUAAUUUUAUCCUACUUUCAAUUUACAAAACACUAACUCCUAGAAUCCUUUUUCAAAUGGAUUUUCAAAGCUUUACUUCUCUUAGAAUUUAAUUAUCAUUAUGAAUAAUUUGCAAGGCCUUAUUUGUUAUCGUAUGGAUACUAAGCUAUGGUAUGCUGGAAUUAUCACUUACACUAAUCCUACAUUUCAAUUUAUUUAUCAAAGCAAAACGUUUUUCAUAUUUUUUGGAACGAAUAUUCAACAAGGUAGCUUAACAACAUUUUAACUUGUGCUCUAGGAUACUCCAAUCAAUAACGCUCUAAACAACACUAAUAUUUCAUUAUUUAGUUCGAUCCCUUUAUUUAUUACAAUCAGUUAAAAUUUCAUGCUCGCUGUUUUUUAAAGCAGUACAGUGGCAAUUUAUUAAAUUGUUUACAAUAACUCAAGCUCAAGUUAAUUCAAUUUUGUGCUCUCUUAAACUCUUUAAAUAUAGCAUAAUAUAAUUUAGCUGCAAAUGACAUCAUAUGCUCUCGUUAUCUUGAACUAUAAAUAGUUAUCUAUUUUUUCAAGAAUAAAUAUCUCUACUCCUCCAGUCUAGACCAACUAUGUUAGCUUAGAUGCUUCAUAGAAUGUUUGGUAGACAUCUAGUAAUUCCCAAUAAGCGUCUUUCUGCGCUUUUUAUAAUAAUACUGUCUAUAUAUUGUCUUCAUCUAGUAUAUUUAUUAGCUCCUAAAACUAAGCUAUUAGCUCAAUACCAGUAACAAAUAGUAAUCCAAUCAUUCUAUUUGGAGUAUUUGCAUAUCCUCCAUCUUACUAUUACUUAGACUCAAUGUUAAAUUUGGGAAGUUUCAUACAACCUUCUUUAAUAAGUAACAUUAUGAUAAUAUAAUUAGAUAACACAUUUAACGUUAGAUAAAUAAAUAUCCCUUUCAACAUAGGAAAUAUCUUCCCAUUUAAUAACUUUUUAGUAUUAACCAAUCCUUAUCAAAUAGUAAUAUUUGAUAUAUUAUCUAAUAAUGUUGUUUUAUUUAAACCAAUAAAUUAAAAUAACAAUAAAUAAAUAACUUGUGCAGAUUCUUAUCAAUCUUCUCAGAGUAGCUAUUCAGUAGUUUAAUCAAGUGUUGCUCUUUUGUAUAAUUUUUAAAAUUAUUAACCAAAUCUAAUAUUAAAAUUAGUAAAUAAUAAUUCUCCUCCUCCAUAUUAAUUAGGUUCUUAACUCGUUUUCUAGUAUUAUAUGACUAGUCUUUAAAGCUAAAUACUAAAAUUGAGUUAUAUUUAAUAAGAUCAAGAUUUAGUAUAAACAAACCUUCCAUUUGUCAUAGAUUAAGUAGGAAAUACAAUAGUUUAGACAUCUGACCUUAUACUGAAUACUAUUGGAGGCAAUGUUGUUGAGUACUAUACCACGAAGGCAACAAAGUUAAGAAUUGAAAGUGCUGUCUUAAUAUUUUGUUUCAUUUAAAAAAUUUCAUCUCUUUUACUACCUAGCACUGUAUAAUCAUUAUAAUCAAUAGGUUAGAUAACAAAUGAUGGAUAUAUAGUUUAAAAUGGACUCUAAUCUGCAUUUAAAAUAUUAUCCCUUCCUUAAUCUGAAUAAUCAAUUAUAAUGAACUCAAUUAUUCGUGUGCAUUAUCUUGUAUAAAUCUAAGAAACCCUCUAAUUUGAUGAGCUUAAUCUUUUGGCAUUCACUACUAGUUCUAAGAAUGUUUAGCUCAGUUUCAAUAUGAAAAAUAAUUAUUAUUAAUUUAUUUUAAAAAAUAUUUAUACUUCAGAGGUAAGUGAAAAUCUGAAUUGGUAAAUUGUAAAUAAUUCCUUCGGAUUGAUUAUACAAGGCACUCCAAGCAACAUUUAAAAAUUUUUAUCUUACUUUAUGAUAAAGCCAGCCAAAUAGUCUACAGUUCCAAGUUAGGAAACAAUAAAUAUUUUAUUUAGUGAUUUCUUAAAUUCAAGCAAAAAUAUUACUUUAAAAUUGUAAGAUUUCUUAAAUAAUAAUUUGCAACUUUUUAAGUAAGUGGAAGGACUAAAAUUAAAUUAAAGUUUGCAAUCAGUUUUUAAUCAAAUUUAUGAUGCCAGCAAUUUAAAAAUUGACAAUAUUUACUUUUCUAUUCCAGAUGCUAUAUUCUAAGACUCAGACAUACCAAAAAAUUCCCAUUUAUCAUAGCAAAGCAUUCUACAGUAUUAAGAAAAGAAUAAAGAAAAUAUAAUUUAUUAUUAUUAUCACACAACUUAAAAAGGUGAUUUGGACUUUAAUUAAAUAUAGGUAGGAUAAAACAGUAUAGAUUAUCUGUCUUCUUACAAUGGAGUUGCAAUUAGCUAAAAUAACUUCAUGAUUGAUACAAACAAUUUCCGCGAAAAGGGAUUACUUACUAAUAAAAUAGAAUAUCAUAGAAUAAUAAUUUGUGCUUAAAAUGAAAUUAAUUAAAUAUGUGAUGAUAUUGAAUUCACUCUUGGAAUAUCUAAUCCAUUAGAUAUUUUGCUAAUUUUAUUGACACCGAUUUGUAGUGCAUUAGUUUUUUACUGGAUAUAUCAAAGAUAUUAUGUUAUUAAAUUUUUCUACAAUAUGAAUAAAAUAACAUUCUCUGAUGAAAAAGUUUAUUCAAAUAAUAAUUAUCACAAAUAGAUUCCUAUAAUUACUGACUAAUUUGAAAUAGCAAAAGAACUUUGGAGCAUCUAUAAAGUUAUUCGUAUAGAUAAAAUUGAAUAGAGAAUAUAUGAAGAGAAACUGAAUUUGUAUGAUGAUGAAGAAAAUAUAGCUGCCAAAUUGUUUGAAUAAAACAUAAGAAAAACUUCAGAAAUAGCUACAACAUAGCAAGCUUCUGGUCAGAACAACUAAAAUGGUAUAGAGAUAAAUUAAAUCAAUAUCGAAAACAAUCUAGGUACGAAAGUUAAUUCAAGUAAGAAAAUAGAAUCUCAUAAUAAUGAAGAAAACGAUGUUAGCAAAAAUCCUUCAACUCCUGAUAAUUAAAAUUCUACAACUCCUGAUAAUUAAAAUUCUACAACUCCUGAUAAUUAAAAUUCUACAACUCCUGAUAAUUAAAAUUCAAUCAUAAGACCUCAAUUAAAUUAAGAAUUGAGGAAUAGUACAUUCAGUAUAUUCAGCAAUGCAUCUCCUAUUAAUUAAGAAUAAAUAGCUAAUGCAGAAGUUGAAAAUAAUGAUUAAUUUAGCAUAUAAAAUCCUAAUCUAAUCACUCUAAAUUCUGAAUAAAACUCACCAAUUCUAAGAUCAUAAUUUUACAGACAUAAUAACCACAAUCACUCAAUAAUUAGGGAGAAUAAUAUUGAUCAAAUAAAUAUGUCCUUACUAAGUUAACUUGAGAAAAGUGAUAGUGGAGGUUCAUAGUAUAAUUCGUACUAAUCCUACUAAGAAUUUAUUUACAAAAAUAAAAAAAUUUAGCUAGUUUAGGCUAAUGGUAAUAUUAUCACAAAUUAAUUAAAAGAAUCAUAGGCUGAAAGCUAAGGCUACUUAUCUUUUACAAAAUAUUAAGGUCCUCUUUUAUCCUCUUAUCAAGCUAGCUAAUUGUAAGUUAUAAUAGAGUCGCAAAAAAUAGAAGAUGAUAGAAAUCAACGAAUAUUUUAAAAAUGUUUUUAAGAAAAUAAUAUUUAAUUUAAUAAAACAAAUUCUUUUAUUGUCAGAGAUUUGAUAAAUAAUUCAAGAAUUUUUAACUAAAAAGUGUAUGAUCUGUGGAAAAACAUGCAAGUAGUAAAUCCAGUACAGUUAAAUGAUACUCCUGAAAACUCAUAAUUAUUGGAUAACUACGAUUCUCCUAGAUCGAACAGGUAAGCUUAUAAAAAAAAUGCUUCAAGUGGAAGUGUACUCAAAAAAAUUUAGUUGAAAUAACAAAAAAAGAAUUUAGUAAUACUCUCUAAAAAUGUUAAUGAACAAGUUGAAAAAAUUAAAGGCUCGUUUUCAAAAUUAAUUAGAGAUCAACUUGACUUAAAGGAUUAACUUAAUAAAAGACUAUAAAAUCUAAAAGAAGAAAACAUAAUUGAUGAAUUUUCAGGUAUAAAUGAAGAUAUUUUACUAAAUGAUAUCAAAAAAACACUUACAGACUACUUUUAGACUAAAAUACAAUAAAGAUUGAACGUUACUAAGUUCAAGUUUCUUCUCAACUAAGUUUAAACAAUAACAAGUCGCAAAGACGCACUAUCCAGAUAUUUAUUUGUUGAGUGUGCAAGACAUAUAUUAUCCAUAGAUUCUAUAAGUAAAUAUAUUUAUGACUAUUUAAAGAAACUAGCUUUGUUAUACAAUAACUCAAAUGAUUGGUAUAAGUCAUAUCUAUUUAUCAUCGGCCAUAAUUAAGAUAAUUAAAUCUACCCAUUUCCUUCUAUUGUUGUUAAAGAUGAUAUGGUUUAAUAGGCCUUUUUUGAUUUGGGAAUUCGUUUUCCUGGUAAAGAAGCUUAAUACAAAGAAAAAAUAAAAAUUGUAGGUUAAGCAUUAGUUGCUGAUGCUUUGGAUUUAAAUAAAUAUUCUAAUAAUUGUGGAGAAAGUCUAUAUUUAAGCCCAGAUGAUUAAAUAUUAUCUAUUAGAGCAAUUAAUAUUCCUGAGAAAUCAAUAGGAGGUAAAAUGAGAUAAUUUAAGAAUUUCGUAUCUUGGAUGAUAGGAAAUUUUGAUAAAUAGUAACUUUUAAAUAAUAUGUAUAUACCCGAAUGGAUGAGCUGUGAUAUUACAAACAACACAUUGCAUAUAAAAGGAAAUCCAAAUAAUAGUCAAAUUGGUAGGUAUUUAAUCAUCAUUAGUGGAAAAAGAAAACACAUUUUACGUUCUUUUAUCCUGAGAGUUUUGAAAUCUAAUUCUUAUAAUUAAUCUCAUAGUACUUAAUCUAAUUAAAUUAUAAUGCCAUUUGAAAGUGAUGGAAGUCUAUUUAGUAAUAUUUUAGGAAAAAAUGAAAUUGAAGUAUAAUCACCAUUAAUAGGUAUUAAAUAAGUCGAAAUAAAAUAAUAAUAAAUCGAAUAAUAAUAGUUAUAAUAAUAAUAGCCAUAACCAUAACCAUUUAGAUUAAAAAGUAAAAGCAAAGUUAAAUAAAAAGAAGGUUAAGCAAAUUCUGAUCUAAGUAUAUCAGGAAAUAAAUAUUUACCAAGAACAAAAAGCAUAUUUUAGAAAUCAACCUUACCUCUUAAAAGUUCUAGCAAUAAAAAUUCUCCAAAUAGCUAUAAAAGUACAAUUUAAGUAAAAGGUGAAGCAGGAUAGCCACGCUUAAGAGGAUUUACUGAGUAUGUAGAAACAUACAAAGAUUAAAUUCAUCAUUAAGAUCAAAUUGCUAGACCUAAAUCAUCUGAGCUUAUUGAGGAACACAAAAACAAUCAAGAUAAUUUAAAGCCUGUUUCUGAAGAAGAAGAAAAUUAUGAUGAAUCUUCUUUUAAAAGCUCUUUUGUUAGCGAAAAUAUCAAUAUUUUCAACUAAAUUUCUCCUCAUUUAGAUUAUGUUAUUGAACCUAAAUUUUUCCCAGACAUUAAAGAUAUAUCAGAAAAUAUAUUGUAUACAAGCUCUAACGAUUUAUAAACACAAUGA